UCCUCUGCAGCUGCUGUCUUCAUGGACGUGUUGACAUCAGGGAGACACGCUGCCUUCAGAAAACAUCGACAUGGCCUAUGGAGACAAUUUGUGGACGAUUGCUGCGCUGAUUAGUAUCUUGGCAGUUUUGACGGUGAAAGCUGCUCCGACCUUUACAGGUGAUAAUGCUGAUGCAGGUGAACUGAGGGAUGACAUACCUGACAUCAACAGAGCGUUAAAACACCUGUUUGAGGGAGACAUUGCUGGUAAUCCCAGCAGAAAUGCAAUCCUCGAUGAAACAAGAAGAUGGAAGUUUCCCAUCCCUUACAUUUUAACUGAUUCUCUAGAACUGAAUGCCAAAGGUGUGAUCCUCCAGGCGUUUGAGGAAUACCGCUUGAGAUCUUGUGUGGACUUCAAGCCAUACGCGGGAGAGAGCAGCUACAUCUCCUUCACCAAGCUGUCAGGAUGCUGGUCUUACGUUGGCGAUGAUAAAAAAGGACAGAACGUGUCCAUUGGGGCCAGAUGUGACACUAAAGCCAUUGUGCAGCAUGAGCUCCUCCACGCUCUGGGAUUUUAUCACGAACAGUCUCGCUCGGAUAGAGACAACUAUGUUAAGAUCUGGUGGGACCAGAUUGAAGAAGGAAUGGAGCACAAUUUCAAAAAGUACGAGGAUGACUUCAUCUCAGAUCUGAACACGCCAUAUGAUUACGAGUCCAUCAUGCACUACAGGCCUCUGUCUUUCAACAAGAACGAGAGCGUACCCACCAUCACCACCACCAUACCGUACUUUAACGACGUCAUUGGCCAGCGGCUGGACUUCAGCGCUGUUGACAUCACCAGGCUCAACCGCAUGUACGACUGUGCCAACACACACACCCUCCUGGACCAGUGCUCGUUUGAGCUCAUCAACAUCUGUGGAAUGAUCCAGAAUGAGGAUGAGAACGCAGACUGGGUGCAGACGCUGAGCAGUCCAGCCGACACUGAUCACACCCUGGCAGGGCGCUGCAGAGAUUCUGGGUACUUCAUGAAGUUUGACACAGCUUCAGGUGUGAUUAGCAACAGUGCCUUGCUCGAGUCCCGUAUCCUCUACCCCAAAAGAGAUGAACAGUGUCUGCAGUUCUUCUACAAGAUGAGCGGACGGGCUGGGGAUAUACUGGUGAUAUGGAUCAGGACUGAUGAUGGGACAGGGACUGUGCAGAGUGUCAGGAAAAUCCACACCAUCACUGGUGAUGGAAAUGAUGCUUGGAAAGUAGCCCAUGUGACCCUCAAGGUGACAGAGAAGUUCCGUUAUUUCUUCCAAGGCAUCAGGGGUUCAUCCAAUUCAUCGGGCGCCAUCUUGAUUGAUGACAUCACUCUCACAGAGACCAAUUGCCCCAAUGCCGUCUGGCAGCUUCAGAAUUUCACCGGGCUCCUCACCACCACUUCUCCUGGCAGCGUCCUCAAAAGCACUUGUUUCUACAACUCAGAGGGCUACUCAUUCGGCAUCAGUGUUUAUCCAAAUGGAAAAGACCCUGCCUAUCCAGACUAUGUUGGCAUGACCUUGCACCUCUGCAGCGGAGAAAAUGAUGGGGUGAUGCAGUGGCCAGUGGCAAACAGGCAAGCGACCAUCGUUGCCAUGGAUCAGGAUCCUGAUGUCAAACUGAGGAUGUCUUCAACAAGAAGUUUCACCACAGACUCCGACGCUCGCUGGAAUAAGCCAACCAAUACUUCAGGGGCCGAGUGGGAUGCCAGCUGCAGGUGCUACCGCGGCCCAGACGUUGGCUGGAGUACGUUCAUGUCUCACAAUCAUCUGCACAGAAGGAGCUUCCUCAAGAACAAUGACCUCAUCAUUACUGCUGAUUUCAAUGAUUUGACCUACCUGAUCAAGUCCGAGGUGCCUGUCAAACUGGCAUCACAAGCAACUGACAUUACAGAUGAGAAGCCAAUCGGUGACAAGGAAGUGAGAGCGCAGGCUCCAAAGCACAGAGAGGCACGUGCAGCCAACCCCUGUCAUCCCAACCCGUGUUUUAAUGGAGGCGUGUGUGUGGAGAGUGAAGGAAAAGCCUCAUGCAGGUGUGCCACAACCCAGGCCAGCUACAACACUGGAAAAAGAUGUGAGGAAGUGAACACACACAGCGGCAUUCUGGGAGCUCUGAUUGGUGGUGCAGCCGGGGCGGUAGUUCUGACAAUAGCCAUCAUCACCGUCAUCAGGAGAGUUCAGUGAAACACCCUGUGGAGGAUGAACUCGUCCACUACAUCAUUCAACAGUGAAAUCACACUAAAUGGAAACUCAAUAUUGUGGAGAAAUAUGCAAAUUUAUCUUGGGCCUUUCUUUGAUACCUCCCCAUAUUUAAAAUAAAAUUGUUUAUUGAGACAGACCUAAAGGCUUUCCAAAUAUAGAACCCAGAAUCAGCACUACUAUGUCCUGAGUGUGGUUUAUUUGUAUGAUAAAAGUAAGUGUUUUCUGCUACAUUAUUUCUGUUGUGAAUAACACAAGACUGGAAAUAAAUAUUGAAAUCACA